AUGCAACGUCUUCCUCCAGGGACGACGAAUCCAGCAGAAGAAAAUGGAGAAGUUUUCACCAAGUUCAAAGACCAACAAGGAAAUUUCGAUGAAUCUUUGAUUAGCAAUGCACAAGGCUUGUUAAGCUUGUAUGAGGCUGCACAAUUUCGAGUACAUGGGGAGGAGAUUCUAGAGGAAGCAUUAAAUUUUUCCACAACUCAUCUCAAUUCCGUGCUUCAUCUACACAAUCAUUUGUCUAUACAAGUUAGUGAUGCCUUUGAGAUGCCAAUUCAUAAAACUUUGACAAGGCUGGGGGCGAAGAAGUUCGCGUUAAUUUAUCAAGAAGAUGAAUCACAUAAUCCAAUGUUGUUGAAGUUCGCGAAACUGGACUUCAACUUACUGCAGAAGAUGCAUCAGAAGGAGUUAUGUGACAUUACAAGGUGGUGGAAGACUUUAGAGUUGGAAAAUAAAUUCCCUUUUGCAAGAGAUAGGUUGGCGGAAUGCUAUUUUUGGAUACUAGGGGUCUACUUUGAGCCCCGUUAUUGUCUUGCUAGAAGAAUACUAACUAAAGUAAUUGCACUCUGUUCUAUCAUUGAUGAUAUCUAUGAUGUUUAUGGAACCAUAGAUGAAGUUACCCUUUUCACAGAUGCAAUUGAAAGGUGGGAUUUAGAUGCUACAGACCAGCUACCAUCUUACAUGAAACAUUGUUACAAAGCACUUCUGGAUUUUUACGUCGAAAUUGUAGAAGAGUUGGAAAAGACAGGAAAAUCUUCCUGUGCUCACUACGUGAAAGAAGAGAUAAAAAAGGUGGUUAGGGCAUACUUCCAAGAGACAAAAUGGGCGUAUGACUGCUACAUUCCGACAAUAGAAGAGUAUAUGAAAGUCGCCCUUGUAUCUUGCGCUUACAUGAUGCUAUCGACAGCUUCUUUGGUGGGUAUGGGAGAUCUUGCAACUAAGGAAGCCUUUGAUUGGAUUUCUAGCGAACCAUUAAUCGUACGUGCAGCAGCAACAAUUUGUAGACUAAUGGAUGACAUGGUCGGACAAGGGUUUGAGCAGAAAACAUCAGUUGUUGAAUGUUACAUCAAUGAAAAAGGGGUUUCAAAAGAAGAGGCAUUUGCUGUAUUUCAGAAACAAAUUACAAAUGCAUGGAAGGAUAUAAAUCAAGAAUUUCUUCAAAUAACUGCAAUACCAAUGGUCAUCCUCAUGCGAGUAGUCAAUCUUGCAAGCAUCAUGAAUCUUCUGUACAAAGAUAUUGAUGCAUAUACUCAUGUCGAAAAGCCUCUUUUAAAAGAUUUCAUAAAUUUGGUGCUAGUUCAACCUAUGACAAUGCCAUGAUGACUGAUAAACAUGAUAGUAAAGUUGUUGGUUGUAUGUUUUUGUAAUAAAUUAUC